AUGGACACCAUACAUCGAUUUGCGCUAAAACACCUCCAUCGAACGAUAAAAUCGGCACGACAACACCCACGACAAAGCCAAAAAUCAGAGCGACGGAAGCCCGACAAACGAAACAGAUCUUCUGUCAACUGCAGCCCUACCGACAGAGGAAGAGGAACCGCAAGAAAGCGUCACGAAACGCGUCUCUGUAUGAAAAACACGGAAGAAGGCACCAAGUAUUUCGUCCUUCCGGAAGCAGCUUUCGCUCAGAACACAGUGACGGAUAGUAGGGAACGACUGCACAUCCUGCUCGACACGAGAGCGGAUGGAUCGCCUACCACUCAAAGCCUAGCAGAUCGCCUAAACCUAACUCAAGAUACAGUUACGCUCAUGAUCAGCACUUUUGGAUCUCAGGCACCCAUUGAGAAACAAUGCGGGAACAAAAUUGUGGGUUCCUUCGGGCAACGCUCACUGCUUCUCGGUCGCAAACAACAAGUCAAUAAUCUCAAGCCGUUGAGGCAGGACAAACUUACGAAGGACGACAUUCAAUUCACAGCGGAUCACGGCAUUCAGUUGUCGAUUCCAGCUCAUGUGCAGCAGGCACAUUCCAGGUUCCCCUGGGAUGCAGCGACGUAUUUCCGCCACUCCAAAGAGAAAUCAACAGAUCUGGCAGCUUCCGCCGGGAAUCGAGCUGAUUCCUUCUCGCAUUGGCUACUUCGUUGCGGGACGCCAACGGGACGGAGUCGUGGAAACCAUGACGGUCGUGCAAGCCGAAGAAGACGAAGAAAAGAGAAAUGGGCGAGAGAAGUGGGAACGCUUUCUGGCCUCCGAAUCAGCAAGUUUACACGAUUUCUCGGGAUUUCAAGCCCAAGAACAAAAAUGAACAGACCGAGCGGCAUGGGAAGCAUUCGAAACAACGAUUACAUCGAACACAACGAAUACCACGUCAGGCUUCCAUGGACAGGAGAAGCAUUCAAACUACCGGACAACAAGACUCUGGCAUACAAGAGGCUGUGCUCAACAUUGUUGAGCACAAGUUCUUGGGCAGUAUGA